AUGAUUGCUUACAAUAAGUGUAAUGUGGGGGACAUUUCGUUGAAAUUGAAUAAAUUUGACCAAGCUUGGUGCGAAUUUGUCGGGGUACAUGAGAAAUAUCUCGUUUUAAUAGAGCAUGAGACUGAGAAAGAAAGUGCUUGUGUUAGCUACGUAGAGCAAAGAAAACGCAAAUUGAAUCUCGAUGCCAUGGUAACAGAAUGGCGUCAGAAGGCGAAAAUAGAAUUGCAUGAUGAAACCGGAAGUAGAAGCGCUAAAUCUAAACAUUCCAAGAGCAUGAGAAGCGAGGCCUCCAGUUCGAAGGCAUCGUCGAUUGUAAGAAAAAGGGAAGAAAUGGCGCUAGCGCGUAUGAAGGUAGAGCAGUUGAAGAUUCGGCAACAAUUUGAGAUCCAGGAACAGGAAGUUAGGAGGAAAAGGGAAUUAGCAGAAGCAGAAAUGGAAGCUAAUAUGGCGGUGGUCUCCUAUGAAAUAUUCCAGGAAAACGAGGGUAGUAUCUCAGAGAGUAAGGGGCUAGGAAAAUACAUUUCACCGUAUGAUGUACAGGACACUAAUGAGCCCAUUGAGCUAGGUUUAAUGAAGGGGAAAGAGAGUAAACAAAGUUACAAAAGCGAAAGACAAUCGUGUGAAGUUCUAACCGAAAGAGGAUUCCAGCAUAAGGGAUUUAGAAAUGCGAGCGAAGUACAUGAAUCGAGCAGUAGAAAACCCCUA